AUGGUGUAUGUGGUCUUGAGCAAUAAACUGCACCUGUCGGGAGUGGGUGAGGACACCUGCAGCCCCUUGAACUCACCACUCUUCCAGGCCUUGCCCAGGCUGUGGCCUCUGCCUGGAACCCUUUUCUUCCCACGCAAAUCUCUUCCCUUCAGUGCCUCUUUCUCUGGGAAGUCUUCUCUGUUGCCCAGCGAUCCUCUCUGCCCACUCUGCUCUCGCACCCAUGCUCAGGCUCCUGAUUGCCUGCUUUGCAGACAGGGCUGGGUGAGUCUAAGAGGCAGGAACCACAUGGCUGUUCACAGCUGUGUUGCCAGGGCCCGGCCUGGAGCCCCUCAGGAAGUGAGACAUCUGAAUCCUCUGCUCUGACCACCUUGGCCAGGGCACCCAGGCUUGGAGCAAGCAGCAGCUUCAUGGGUGGGGAGCCACGCUUCUCCAGCACAUCGGCAGGCCCCAAGAGGGCAUUCUCCGCUUGGUUCCUGCCUCAGAGCACUGAUGCUUCCAGGACAAUGCCCUUUACGUAUGCCACCUAAGAAAGGAUGCAACUAGAGGGGGCAGGGAGCAAGCAUGGUCCUGUGA